AUGGCUCUUCGCAUCUCCGCCCGGCGCCAAUUAGCGACCGUCAUGGCCGGUUCCGGCCUCUGCUGUCGGUCCUGCUCCAUCUCCUUCUCCAAGAGAACGUUUACCUCGACCACGGCGUUGAAGUCGCAAAAGAGACAGCUCCCCAAUCCCGACCCUUCAUCCGACUCGUCCUCCGCAGCACUCGUCGCCGAACACGCCCCGUACAUGGUAGCCACGUACGCGCGCCCUCCGCCCGUCUUCGUCAAGGGAUCCGGGUCGUGGAUCUGGGACGUUGAGGACCGCAAGUAUCUCGACUUUACCGCCGGUAUAGCCGUCAAUGCCCUCGGUCACUGUGACCCGGAUGUUGCCAAUAUUGUAGCCGAUCAGUCCAAGACCCUCGUCCACGCCUCGAACCUAUACUACAACCCUUGGACCGGCGCACUCUCCAAGCUGCUGGUGGACAAGACGCUGGAGGCCGGCUGCAUGGCCGAUGCCGCCUCGGUCUUCGUCUGCAACUCGGGCUCCGAGGCCAACGAGGCGGCCAUCAAGUUUGCCCGCAAGGCAGGCAAGGUUGUCGACCCGUCGGGCGCCAAGACCGGCGUCGUCUCCUUUGACGGCGCCUUCCACGGCCGCACCAUGGGCGCCCUGUCGGCCACGCACAACCCGAAGUACCAGGAGCCCUUUGCGCCCAUGGUGCCGGGCUUCGUCCAGGCCGGCUUCGACGACGUGUCCGGGAUCGAGGCCGCCGUCACGCCUUCGACGUGCGCCGUCAUCGUCGAGCCCAUCCAGGGCGAGGGUGGCGUCCGCGUCGCCUCGGACGAGUUCCUCGUCGCCCUGGCCCGCAGGUGCCGCGAGGUCGGCGCCGUCCUCAUCCACGACGAGAUCCAGUGCGGCCUCGGUCGCUCCGGCAGCCUCUGGGCCCAUGGCCACCUGCCCGUCGAGGCCCACCCGGACAUCGUCACCUCCGCCAAGGCCCUGGGUAACGGCUUCCCCGUCGGUGCCGUCCUCGUCUCCCGCGCCGUAGCCGACAAGAUCAAGGUCGGCGAUCACGGCACCACCUUUGGCGGCAACCCCGUGGCCUGCCGCGUCGCUCACCACAUGGUCUCCCGCCUCGCCGAUCCCGAGCUCCAGAAGGACGUCCUUCGCAAGUCCGACCUCUUCCGCGCUCGUUUCGCUGCCCUCAAGGACAGGUACCCCGACGCCGUCACCGAGGUCCGCGGCCGUGGCCUCCUGCUCGGCCUGCAGAUGACCCAGGAUCCUACCCCCAUUGUCAAGGCUGCGCGUGAGAGGGGUCUGCUCAUCAUCACUGCUGGCACCAACACGCUCCGCUUCGUCCCUAGCCUGAACGUCACCGAUGACGAGAUCAACCUGGGCCUGGAUAUCCUCGAGGAUGCCAUCGCGUCUACCCGGUCAUGA